AGUCUUAAAAAGUGUUAAAUAAUCAAUAACCAAAAGGGUUGAAAAUGUCGUCUACGUUAUUGAGGCUUAAAAAUAUAUCGCGAUGUGCGGCUAUUAAUGGAAAUUGGGGAGUAGUAUCUCUAAGUACUUCUGUAGUAAGACAAGCAGAACCCCAGAUAAAAAAUGAUGUAGCUCUUUUAAACCCAGAGGAAGUUGAACAUAAGAGAAAGUUACAAGGCACUAUUACGGUAGAAGGAACUACAGAUAUUUCACCUAUUACUGGUGUUCCUGAAGAACAUGUCAAAGGGCGUACAGUAAGAAUUUAUGAACCUGCAAAAAAUUGUAUGCAAAGUGGUACAAGCAAUAUUGGUAAUUGGCAAAUUGAUUUUGAUACAAGGGAAAGAUGGGAGAAUCCCUUGAUGGGCUGGUGUUCAACUGGAGAUCCAUUGUCCAAUAUGAAAGUUGACUUUUCAACCAAAGAAGAAGCAGUUGAACACUGUGAAAAGAAUGGUUGGAAAUGGUUUAUCCAAGAAAGUAGCCUAGACAAAAAAUUCAAACCAAAAAGCUAUGGAAUCAACUUUGCCUGGAAUAGACGCACUAGAGUAUCAACUAAGUAAAUUCAUAUACAUACUGUAAUAUAUUAUAAUUGUGAAUAAAGUUUAUUAAAUUAG